AUGGCAGAUAAAUUGAUAGAGACGAACGGCACAGUAGCGGCCGAGACAGCUGGAACUGCAAGACUCGAUAACGAAAUAGUGGAUACUUUGGUCCACGACGCGUCUUUCCAAUCGUCACCUUUGGCAUCAACCUCGGCAUCAAUCUCGGCACCAAUUCCAGCAUCAACCUCAGCAUCAACGUCGGCAACGGCAACGGCCACGGCAACGGCAGCAGCAUUGGCUAAACACAAGUCGUCAACGGGCAAACGUAAAUUUCACCAAAAAUCCAGACACGGAUGCUCAACAUGCAAACGAAGACGUGUUAAAUGCGACGAGCAAAAGCCACUUUGCCGCAACUGUAUUAAGUUGAAGUUGGAUUGUGGAUAUAAGGAUGAAGUUAUCAAUAGGGAAGUCAUGGAACCACCAACAAAGAAACAAAAGAAGGAAAAGAAAUUGAAGGACAAGCUGCCGAAAGUAAAGACGAAAAUGAAAACGGAUGCGAAAGCCAAAGAUGGAGACGAUCAUGGAGGAGAGGAAGAAGAGGAACAAGAAGAAGGACUUGAAGAAGGAGAAGGAGCAGAAAGUAAACACUUGACUCCCGCUUCGUCGCAAGUACCUACGCGGAAUAAUAGCAUUGAACACAAUGAACUGGGGAACCACCUAUUACUGCAUCAGCAACAAGCUACUCCUUCAUUGACUCCUAGUCCGAUGUUAGCACUGGAUGUGAACAACACAGGAGGAGAAGGUGAUAAGAAUGCGACUAAUCUAGCACAGACGCUAGCUAAUCCGUUAAGUGCACUAUCGUCUGGUUUACUCAGUGCUGGUAAUCUAAACAACUUGAAUAUUGCUCACUUGGUUAAUAAUCUAUCUGGCUUGGAAGGCGAUUUGAGUGGCAAUUUGGGCAACUUGAUGAGUUUGGGCAAUUUGGCCAGUCUAUCGAAUCUAGCCACAUUGGCUCAGCUCCCUAUUGAUUUGAGCAGUCUAGGUGGGUUAGCUGCUACAAUGUCACAAGUGAGUGGCCAAAAUGGUGGGUUCAUGGAAAGUUUGUCUGCGAGUCUUUUGAAUGGCACUGCCAAUCCAUUAGAUGGACAAAACAUGGGCUCAGCCCAGGGAACACAACACCACCAGCAACAACAACAUCCACCACAGCAACAACACCCACUACCAUCACUACAACAACCACAAACACACCAGCACCAGCACCAGCACCGGCACCAGAACCAACAGCACCAGCAGCACCAGCAGCACCAACAAAAUUCAAAUGGCUUGCUCAAUAAUGCAAUUGAAUCACCCAUGAGUUUCCCCCAUCAAGCAUCACCUUCAGCAUCCUGCACUAUACCCGAUGCCAUCAACCACUAUGACCAUCCGGCUGGCGGUGCCACCGGUUUACCUAAAAUCUCCCCGAAUAUGAUGAAUCUGCAAAUCCCAAGUGGAAUGGCAAUCAAUAGCCACUCACUAGAACAGGCCAUGAACUCGAGCAGUUUGAAUAUGCUAGACUUGAAACUAAUGUUUCAUUAUACUUCGCAAGUUGCCAACACUAUAACAGGCGCUGGCAUAUCGGAAACAAACAUCUGGUUGCGAGAUAUACCGAUGCUCGCGUUUGAGCAUCCGUUCUUGAUGCAUCUGAUCUUGGCAUUCAGUGCUACUCACUUGUCUCGAACAGAAAACGGGCUUGAUCAAUGCGUCACUAGCCACCGUGGUGAUGCGUUGAGGCUAUUACGAGAGGCUGUGUUGAAUAUCAAUCUGGAUAACACAGAUGCAUUAGUUGCUAGUGCCUUGAUUCUAAUUAUGGAUUCGCUUGCCAAUGCUAGUUUCCCCAGCAGCACAUCGCCAAAAAGCUUACCUGCCUCGGCGUGGAUUUUCCACGUUAAAGGAGCAGCGACCAUCUUGACCGCGGUGUGGCCGUUGACGGAGGCAUCAAGAUUCUACAAGUUUAUAAGUGUUGAUUUGGGCGACUUGGGCGAUAUCAUCAACCAAAAGACCCAAUUGAACCAAACUGGCGCAACCGAUUCCAGCAAUGGGUCCCAAAGUCGAAUAUUUACAGACUUGGAGUGCCACGAUGCAGAUAUUGCCGAUUUGUUCCCCGUUGAGAUCAACUCGCCGUACCUUAUAACGUUGGCGUACUUGAACAAGCUCCACAAGGAACGAUACAAGUCGGAUUUCAUAUUGAGGAUAUUUGCAUUUCCGGCCUUGUUGGAUAAGCAGUUUAUGGCGAUGUUGAUGGCUGGCGAUAUCAAAGCCAUGAGGAUCAUGCGAUCCUACUACAAGUUGCUCCGCUCCUUCACCAUGGAGAUGAAGGACAAGGUGUGGUUUCUUGAAGGCGUUGCGCAAGUGUUGCCGUCCAACGUUGAAGAAUACGCGGGCGGCGCAGGGGGAAUGCACAUGAUGAUGGACUUUCUUGGCGGCGGGCCCGAUAUGAUUGACGAUUACGGCGACGAGUUUCAAGACGACGAUUUUGAGCUGGAGCAUCUGCAUGCCACUGCCACCACCACCGCAAUACACGAAGAAAAAGAUGAUAUAACGAAUGCUAAUGAAAGAAGUAAUAACCACAAGAACCAUAACAACGACAACAACACGAAUAGUAUUAAUAAUAAUGACAACACCAGCGGUAAUAAUGCAACGGCGGCAGGGGUCCAUGCUGCCACUACGAAUUUAGUGAGUCCAACUGUUGCUUUGACCAACACCGAUAAUUUGCCAAGCGACAUAACUAGCGAGUUGGAGAUAAUGCAAGGGGCUUUACUCGAUUGA